AAAAUAAAUAAAUGUAUUUGUGCUCUACUCCUAAUAAACUAGAUCGGAGUCCAUGGAGACUCUAUCGUCGGAAAGAUCAUUCCGGUCACGUUUAACCGGCGAUGUUAGCCCUGAAUUAUUUACGCGACGAAUAGCUCCGGCGAUAAAAGAAAAGUCUUGUUCAAUUUGUUUGAUUCGUAUUGACCCUUACAGAGCAGCUGUUCUAACUGUUUGUAUGCAUGCCUUUUGUAUCGACUGCAUUCGAAGAUGGAGCAAUUUGAAGAGAAGAUGCCCUUUAUGCAACUCCAACUUCGAUUCAUGGUACUUCAGAAUCAAUCUCUCCGCUCGAACAUCUCAUAAAGAGAAGCUGCCGCCUCAAGGGUUAGCCACGGAUUUCAGAAUCGGAGCAUCGCCGCCGCCGCGUAGAAGAACCAGAGUAGAUAAUCUUGCGGAACAGAGGGUUAUAUGGAGAUCAAGGAAACAACUUAAUUGCCUCAGUGGGAGAAGUAGGCCUCUUCCAAUGAUAAGGUCAUUUAGGCUAUCUGAGUCUGAGCCUUCAAAUAUUGUGGCUCAAAGGAUUCUAAAGUGGAGGUUUAGCAUAUAUGAGCUGCAAUUACAAGCGAUUCCUCCUAACAGGACAGGCCGUGAAAAGGUAUGUAUUUUUUGUCGCACAAAACACAGAGGAAUGAUUCAGAUCCUGAAACAGAAAGUAAUGACAUGGUCUCAUGUAUUUCUACUUGUUUUGUGUCAGAAUAUAGGUGGAAAUCUUGAAAUCAAAGAAAGGACUCUACAAAGAGUAGAGCCGUGGAUUCAUAGGGAACUACAUGCGAUCCUUGGGGAUUCGGAUCCAUCUAUUAUUGUGCAUGUUGCUUCCUCACUUUUCCUUGUCUUUCUUGAAGAGAAUCGUGAUGUACCCAUUAGACAAUCUCCUUUAAUGGUUGAUUUCCUAGCACCUUUGAGACCUUUCCUGCAUGAGAAAGCCAACCUAUUUUGGCAUGAAUUUAGAUGUUUUGCCCAAAGUCCAUUUAACAUGGAGACAUAUGAUACUGUUGUUGAGUACAAACCACUUGUAUAAAGUCAAGAUAGAAAAGAUAAAAGAAAUAUAUUGAUUUGUUACAACUAUAUAUUCCUCUAAUGCAUUCUGAGGCACACAAAAGAGCUGGAUUGAUUCGGAAUACCUGUAAAGUUUCAUGUCAUUAACAAUAAUGAGGCUAGACUGUUUUGGGGGCUGCGUCCUUAUUGGCUCCUGACAGCGUGAACUGGUUGAAUCUUUCGAAGAUGGAGUGAUUUUGAUCUGGCAGUUGGAUUGAACGCACUUCAAUCCAAAAGCAUCAUAAGUUUAGAUCAUGUGGUUUGUUUUGGUAUUCUUGUGUAUUGGAAAAUUGUUAGAGCAAGUUUUACUUUUAUUGAAGUGAUUGUAUUAUUCUUACUU